UGGCAAACCGGGAAUGUUAUGUACGUCGUUUGCGGCAACUUCGUAUCUAAGUUCUACCUUGCCGUGCACAGAGUCAAAUACAUCGAACAGUAUCUCUUUCGAAACGUGUUGAUUUCAACGACGAUUCGAUGUUCACCGAAGUACAUCAUACAUUAGAGCAAGCAAAAAUGCAUUAAUUCUUUUGAAAUUUUCAAAUGGACAUCGAUCAACAAGCACAAAGAAAUUGCAUGUCCGAUACCAGGCGUGACCUCCGAGGAAAGGAUUAUAUGGAAUUAUCAUCGUUCUUUAUCGCGUGUUAAACAAAGGAUUACGAUCUGUGUGCAUUCGCGGUCGGUGGAAACCGGUUGGAUCGCAAUAGAUGUUAGAAUAUACGAUAAUAUGUAAAAAGGAUGUCUGUUUAAUUACGAGUUGAUCGGUAUUUUAUUUAUACAUCUAUGCCCGGUGUUACGUGUACUCCCAGGAGGAUUCGAAGGAGAAUUAUAAAUUGAAAAUUGAUGAGAAAUUGAAACGGAAUAGAGAAGAAAAUGACUGCCACAGAAGAAACUGAACCCCUAAUUUCAUCAAGAGGUUUAACCAUCUGUGGAAAUAAACCGCAAACAGUUUCAUACGAUGCAAUUUCAUUGGAAGGUAGUGAAAGAAGUGCAACAUCGUGUAGUAUAGGUUUCGAUACAUCGUCGUUCAAAUUAAAGUCUAUAUUACCUUCUUCGAGCACAGUGGUAUCUCCGUUGUUAACGACGGCAUUAACACCACAUUCUAACGGAAAUACUGAAAAUGAAUCAAUUACGUAUACAUGGAGCGACUUGAACGUAUAUGCGGCUAAAGUGAAUGAAAAGCCAUGGGAUAUUUUUCUGGCGAGAAGGAAAACGAUAGAACGAAGGCAUCUAUUAAAGGACGUAUGCGGCGUAGCAUAUCCGGGUGAACUAUUGGUAAUUAUGGGAUCAUCGGGCUCAGGUAAAACAACGUUAUUGAACGCUUUAACGUUUCGCUCGAAUUGCGGAGUAAUAGCAUCCGGUGUGAUGGCGGCCAACGGACGAAGAGUAUCUUCUACGAUAUUGACGUCGAGAACUGCAUACGUGCAACAGGACGAUCUAUUCGUCGGCACAUUGACCGUUAAGGAACAUCUUUUGUUUCAAGCUAUGGUUCGCAUGGAUCGAAGGAUACCUAUGGAGCAGAGAUUCGAUCGUGUACACCGAGUGAUCAACGAGCUUGCUCUAACCAAAUGCAAGAAUACGGUAAUUGGUCAGCCGGGAAGGAUCAAAGGCCUUUCCGGAGGUGAAAUGAAAAGAUUAUCGUUCGCGUCAGAAGUUCUUACCGAUCCGCCGUUAAUGUUUUGCGACGAGCCUACAUCGGGCCUUGAUUCUUUUAUGGCACAUCAAGUAGUUUCCGUGUUGAAAGCUCUAGCCGCUCGUGGUAAGACAGUCGUCGCUACUUUGCACCAGCCUUCGUCAGAAUUGUUCGCACUCUUUGAUAGAAUUUUAUUAAUGGCGGAGGGAAGAGUGGCCUUUAUGGGUACAACAUCGCAAGCUUGCACCUUUUUCGAGGCGCUUGGUGCUGCUUGCCCCAGUAAUUAUAACCCGGCGGAUUAUUUUGUUCAAAUGUUAGCGGUUGUACCAGGACAGGAGAUAUCCUGUCGUCAUGCGAUAAAUACCGUGUGCGAUGCCUUCCAAAAGAGCGAACAUGGUAUUAAAAUUGCAUUAGAGGCAGAGGCAAUAAACGGUGAAUAUGAGGAUUCUUUACGAGAUUCGAAAUAUUCUAAAAAUCGAUCGUUGUAUAAAGCAAGCUGGUGCGAACAAUUUCGCGCUGUUCUCUGGCGUUCUUGGCUAUCGGUUAUCAAAGAACCGAUCCUUAUUAAAGUUCGCCUAUUACAGACUGUCAUGGUGUCUCUAUUGAUCGGUAUUAUUUACUUCGAUCAAAAAUUAAAUCAAGAUGGAGUAAUGAAUAUCAAUGGUGCUUUGUUCAUAUUUCUCACAAACAUGACUUUCCAGAACGUUUUUGCCGUAAUCAAUGUUUUCUGCGCAGAAUUGCCGAUAUUUCUACGGGAAAAUCGAAAUGGUAUGUAUCGUACCGAUGUGUACUUUCUAUGUAAGACACUCGCAGAAGCACCCAUCUUCGUAGCAGUUCCGUUUCUCUUCACUGUUAUCGCUUAUCCUAUGAUUGGAUUGUAUCCGGGAAUCGAUCACUUUUUCAUUACUGCUGGCAUCGUUGCUCUUGUCGCAAAUGUCUCGACGUCUUUUGGUUAUCUGAUAUCUUGCGUUAGCAACAACUUAUCUAUGGCGUUAUCCAUCGGACCACCAGUGAUAAUACCGUUUUUAUUAUUCGGCGGAUUUUUUCUAAAUACGGCAUCGGUCCCAUUCUAUUUUGAAUGGUUUUCCUAUUUAUCUUGGUUUCGUUACGGUAACGAGGCCCUUCUUAUCAAUCAGUGGUCAGAGGUGGAGACUAUAGCGUGCACGAGAAGCAAUGCAACUUGCCCCAAAACUGGUCGAAUGGUUUUGCAAACAUUCAAUUUCAAGCAGGAACAUUUCUGGACCGACAUCGCGUGUCUCUUCUCCUUAAUUAUCGCCUUUCGUUUUUUAGCGUUUAUGGCUCUGUUGUCAAAGACUUGGCGCAAUUCGAAACAGAGAAUCAAAGUUCUUUUGCUGAUCGGUAUGUACGCCUUAAACGAAAAUCAGUGGGUCCGCAAGAAUCAAGAGCAUCGUGUAGAAGAGAAUGCGACUUGUUUGAAAGGUGUGACACUUACAUGGAAGGAUCUUUCCGUAUACACCAUGGAUCGUAGAAGGAGAAAUGUAUGCAAGCAACUAAUCAAUAAUGUACGGGGUGCAGCGGAACCUGGUAAUCUGACGGCAAUAAUCGGUGCGAGUGGUGCUGGCAAAAGUUCAUUGAUGGCGGCAUUGGCCUUUCGUACCGGAUCCGAACUUUUAAUUCAUGGAGAUAUACGAGCAAACGGAAUGAAAGUCGAUUCUUCUUACAUGAUGCAGAACAGUGGUUACAUGCAUCAAGAAGAUAUAUUUGUCGCUACGAUGACAGUGGUUGAACAUCUUUGGUUUAUGGCUCGAAUGAAACUCGACGGGGGGAUGCAACUAUUGGAUAUUCGAAGAAAAAUCGACGAUUUGUUAAAAGAUGUUGGCUUAACAAAUAGACGCGAUGUACGAAUUGGUAAUGACAUCGAUGACAAAGUAUUGUCUGGUGGUGAAAAAAAGAGGUUAUCCUUUGCCACGGAAUUGUUAACAGAUCCAAAGAUAUUAUUCUUGGACGAACCGACAACUGGUCAAGACUCUCAUUCGGCAAAUUGCCUUGUUUCUCAGUUGAAAUCGUUCGUUGCGGGAGGACGAACGGUGUUAUGUACCAUACAUCAACCAAGUUCUACCAUAUUUAAUUCCUUUGAUCGAAUAAUAUUAAUUGCCGAAGGACGGGUUGCAUUUGCAGGUCGAAUAGACCAGGCAAUGGAAUUUUUCGCAAGUCAGGGAUACGAGUGUCCACGGAAAUAUAAUCCAGCUGAUUUCCUGAUAGCGACUGUGGCCACGGAUUCAAAGAAUGACGCGAAUAGCGAAGAAGUUGCUCGCAAGAUAUGCGAUGUUUUCUUAAUUAGUCAGGCUUCUAACGAAAUUGAUCGUAUUUUAGAGAAACAAAUGCAGUCCGUACCUUCUCUAAAUCCUACGUCGAAAUUAAUAGCGUUGUAUGUAUAUAUAAGCCCUACAUAUAGGAGAAAACAAGCACGAUAUUGCUUUACACGGCUUUACUGGUUGCUUUAUCGAGAUUUUCUGCAAAUUUUAAGAGAUCCAUCGGUGCAAGUUAUUAGAAUACUUCAGAAAGUGAGCGUUGCAACAAUCGCUGGCUUGUGUUUCGUGGGUUCUGUAAAUUUCGAUCAACUAGGGAUUCAAGCUACGCAAGGUGUCAUUUUUAUCCUGGUAUCCGAGAACGCAUUUUUCCCUAUGUAUGCUACAUUAGCUUUGAUACCACAGGAACUACCACUUCUUCGAAGAGAGUACCGAGCUGGAAUGUAUCCGGUUUAUUUGUACUAUACUGCUCGUAUACUUUCCUUGAUACCUGGCUUAAUCGUGGAACCAUUAUUAUUCACAAGUGUCAUAUACUGGUUAGCUGGAUUGCGAGAUAACGUUGAAACUUUUGCACUCACGUUACUCGUUCUUCUACUUACUAUAAACGUGUCAACCGCUUGUGGAUGCUUCUUUUCAACGGCAUUUGGAAGCGUACCAUUAGCAAUGGCUUAUCUUAUACCGUUUGAUUAUAUUCUUAUGAUUACUAUGGGCCCCUUCCUCAAACUUGGAACAUUACCAUUAUACAUUCGAUGGGUAAAAUAUAUUUCCUGGUUGCUACAUUCUAGCGAAGCUCUUACUAUUUUGCAAUGGAACGGCGUACAUAAUAUAUCUUGUGAAAUAACUAAUCCUGAAUUACCUUGUAUCACCGAAGGAAUUCAAGUUCUGCAUCGCUACGAUUUCGACGAAAGUAAUUUCUGGAUGAAUAUGAUAUUAAUGCUUAUUAUCUAUCUCGUCUUUCACAUUCUUGCUUGCAUAUGUCUAUGGAAUCGUUGCAGAUGGAAAUGA